ACUAGUUUUGUACCAUGAUUCGCACAAUCUUUUUGUUAUUGGCUAUAGCUACUGUUAUCCUAGGAUCACCGAUCCAGGAUGACAUUUCCGAGAAUCUUCCUGGAGCUUUCUUCGAAAAUGAAGGAACAGCAGGUAGAAUUGUUGGUGGAUCUAAUGCCGUAGCUGGACAAUUUCCUUACCAAGUCUCACUUCGCACACCAGCUAAUUUCCACUUUUGUGGUGGUGUAAUCAUCAGCAACGAUUGGGCAAUAACAGCGGCACAUUGUAUUAUAAACAGAGGACAAACUGCCAUUAAUGUUGUCGUUGGUUCCCAUCUUUUGCAAUCAGGUGGUGUUGUACAUCAAUCUAGAAGUCAUGUUAGCCAUCCUGAUUACGAUGCAAGAUGGAUUUCUAACGAUGUUGGAGCAGUUCAAACUGCCACACCAAUUGUUUUUACUGCAAAUGUUCAAGCCAUUGCAAUGAGUUCGGGUCAUGUUGGAGUAGUUAAUGCUAUUGUUAGUGGAUGGGGUGGAACUACAGUGAAUGGAGGGCCAGCUCCCAACAAUUUGCAAUGGCUCCGAACAACAACAUUGACAAAUGCUGACUGCAGAGCAAGACACACCACAGCCAAUGCUGAAUUCGUGUUUGAUCAUAAAAUUUGUACUUUCACACAAGCUGGAGAAGGAAUUUGUCAAGGAGAUUCUGGUGGUCCUUUGGUCGCCAAUAACCAAGUUAUUGGAACAGUUUCAUGGAAUAUUCCAUGUGCCCGUGGACGGCCAGAUGCUUUCGAUCGUGUCUCAUACUUCCGUGAAUGGUAUCUGCAAAACACUGGAGUUUAAACAUACAUUAUCAAAUACUUUAAUAAAAUUGAUAAAAGUUUUAAAAAUAAACUUCAAUUGAGUUAUCAUGAAAUGUUAUCGUAAAAUGCUUCGUUACGAUGAAAUGAUACUUAAAAAGCUUUUGUUUAAAAUGAGUUGGAAAUAUUUUCAUACAAGUUUGAAAAUGUUUGAUUGUUCAACAAAUGCCGGGUUGAUUCUGUUUUCCCUGGAAAAUCUUUUAGAAAUAUAUUUCUUUAGAAAAAUGAAA